AUGGCCAGCGAGGCCCUUGGUCUUGCAAACAGUAUCUUCAUCAAAAAUAUAUCACCUUUGGCUACAGAAGAAUCAGUAUGUAAAGCAUUUGAAGAUUUAAAGAAUGAGAUUUUAGGUGUUAGCUUUCAUGUUUACCCAGGUACAAGUCAAAGAUUCUGUCAGGUAGACUUCAAGACUUCAAGUGGAGUUACUAAUGCUAUGGGUUUAAAUGGAUCUACACUUUUAGGAGUACCAAUGUCAAUAACUGUUAUUGCACCAGUACCAAUUAAACUAAAUAUGAAAUAUCCCAAGAUAUCUCCAAAAUCAACUACACAGAGAAGUGCUAAUAUACUUGAAGAACGAUUAUCACGUACUAUACUUGUAGAGAACAUACCAGAGAAAUUUACCCAAAAUGAAUUGAAAAUUUUCUUUUCAAAUUUUGGGUCUAUUUUAGAUAUAAGCUUUGAACAACGUCAAAUUGGUGAUGAAAGUCUUCGUUGUACUAUUGAAUUUGAGAACAAAGAAGAAGCGAAUAAAGUUAGAAGACAAAAUAAAGAUAUAGUACUUGGAGAUAGAGUAUUAAGGAUAUCAACUCCUAAGUCUAUGAUAAGAAAUCUAAGUCAAACCUCUGAUAUUCAAUAUACAAUGUCUAAUGUGAUGUUAUCUUCAGUUCCAGUAGCAUAUCAACAAAUUAAGAAGUUACAAUGGGAAAGUAAAUUAGCAAAGGUAGAUGAAGUAGUUAAAGAGUUAAUAGACAAGAAAUUGUUAACAAAGGAUGAAGAUAUAUUACCUAAAAAAAAGUUAAGUAGAAGUGGGGAUUCUCAUGAGAAAAUAAGACCUGAAAGAAGAGAUGGCAUUGAAGUAGUUAAUGAAGAUAUUGAAUAUAGAUAUAGAAGAAAUCGUUCAUUUUCACGAUCUCCACCUACAUAA